CUCAGUUUUAUCUGGCAACAUAAAUCACAGAUCAUCGCUCAGUAUAUAAUGUAUUAUAAAAUGACAACUACAGAUACAUUGUUGAUUUUUCUUGUUUUAUCAAGUCAAGUUUGCUCUAUAUUCGGUGCCAUCAAUGUUGCUGUUAAUAAACCAACACGACAGAGCACGAUUAAUCUUGGUGUAAAUACUUCAAGUUGGGCUGGAUUCACAGCGUGGUGGUGUAUGGAUUUAAGGCAGGAGUUUCAUAUCAACACAGUUAAAAUAUCAAAACCAAUACACGAUGGUCGAAAUAAACAGCUAGAUGGAUUUGAGAUGAGAAUAAGUUCUAGUGGUCAGUGUGAUAAAGCAGGAUUUACAGCAGCCACACCAUGCUACAAAGAUAGAGCAUCAACAACAGAUUCUGUAUACACCAUAGAGAGAUGCAAUCAUCCAGCAAUACCAUCAUUAUCCGCUAGAUAUAUUUUUAUAUCUGUUAAACGCACUGAUCCCCGAUUGGACAUCUGUGAGAUUCAGGUAUUCGCAGAUGACUGUCCAAAUGGUUUUUAUGGCACCAACUGUAACAUACGAUGUCCCACAUCCUGCCUGAACAACACAUGUGAUAAGAUAGGAGGAUCGUGUUCUCACGGUUGUUAUGGUGAUCACUAUGGUAAAACAUGCCAGUCUACUUGUAGUAGCCAUUGUACUGAUGGUAAAUGUGAUGACAUGACAGGGCGAUGUUUUGGAUGUAAAGAUGGUUACUAUGGUAAAGAAUGCCAGUCUACUUGUAGUAGCCAUUGUAAGGAUGGUAAAUGUGAUGACAGGACAGGACGAUGUUUUGGAUGUGAAGCUGGUUACUAUGGUGAUGUGUGUGCAGAAUCGUGUUCUACGUGUAAUGGUCUAUGUCGACAAUUAGAUGGUGCUUGUUUGGAUGGUUGUAAAGAUGGUUAUUGGGGAUGCAAUGGGUUGUGUCUACAGACAUGUUCCUACUGCUCUACAGGAGGCUGUAGGAUAGAAGAUGGCGUAUGUUUUAACGGAUGUAAAGAUGGCCUGAACAACAUUAAAUGUAACCAGGAUGCAGUAUGCGGAUCACUACCUCCCAGACUACAUGCAGUUGCAGAUCGCGUGCAAGAACUAUAUCCUGCUGGUGCUAUAGUUAACUAUAAAUGUAUUAAGGGGGCUUAUCUACAGGGGUCACCACAGGCUCAUUGUCUACCAUCUGGUGAAUGGGAUAUUCAAUUAUUUACAUGUAAAAUUGCCAGGACAUGUGAUGAAGCUCAUCAACUGGGAGUACCAGUUACACCUACGCUAGUCGUUAGACCGGAUAUCAAACAACCAGCUGUAACUGUAUCUUGUGAAGUUACAGACUAUGGUGUUUAUACAGUUAUAGGUCAUGGAUCUAACAGAACAUAUGUACAUGGCUAUGAAGCAUCUAGAAGUUAUAAUGGCACUAUUAACUACAACAUUGAUCUUCAUCAAGUUAUAAACAUAGCUGAUGCAUCGGCUGAAUGUGAACAAUUCAUUAAAUUUGAAUGUUACCAUGUUCACAUAGUCAGUGAUGUUGGCUUAACCACACGAACUGGCGAACUAGCUACUUAUUUAAUUGGAGGUGUCAAGGGUCAAAUAGACUGCGCAUGCCAUAUCAGUAAUAUGUGCGCUAAUGAUUUGAAGUGCAACUGUGAGAACAAUGAUGAGCAAUUGCGAGUUGACGAGGGGUAUAUUCGAUAUAAGGAAGAUUUGCCGAUAACCGCCAUUUUAGUAGGCGAUACGGGGCACAGUCAAGAGUACGCAUAUUAUACCGUGGGAAAUCUGAGGUGCAAGGGUUAGGUAAGCAAAGAUGAAGACCUGUGUUUAUUGGUUAGACGCUGUAAUCUGAAGAUUUCCUAAUUACAUUGUAAUUGUAAUUCAGUCGAUUAAAUGAAAUAUAUAUAAACUCUUAUUAAUUGUAAUUCAAUAGAUUAAAUGAAAUGUAUAUAAACUCUAUAAUCAUGCUAUCUGUAAAUGAUGAGCAAUAAGAAAAAUAUUUUUGUGUAUAAUAAAUUAAUUAAUGAGAGUAUAUCUCAGA